AUGGUUAAUACGGUAGAGGAUAAAAAAAACAGACGCUUUCAGCCGAUAGAGCCUAUCGCCACAUUUCGGCAUCCCCGUUCAAAGUCUAUCAGGCAAUGGCUUUUAAAAUUUGCAUUAACCAUCUCCAUCGUACUAUUGAUAUGGUGCUUUCCAUCUAGAAAUAGUUAUGGACUACCGAAUUUAAAUCAUCGAAACAAUUUAGGUCCUGGGGAGUUGGAGAAAAUACUUCUUGAGACACCUGAUGAAGGGAAGGCUAAAGAAUGGAGUAGAUAUUACACCUCUGGGCCUCAUUUAGCAGGAAAAAACUACAGCCAGGCUGAGUGGACGAAAGAUCAUUGGCAGCUAUUUGGAAUCGAUGCUGAAAUUGUAUCCUACCACACUUUUCUCAAUUAUCCCCUUAGUCACCGUUUAGCACUGCUUACGAGUGAAGAAGAUGGGGCGUCGUGGCGGGUAAAAUUCGAAGCUGGCCUUACUGAGGAUACGCUUGAAGAGGAUCCUACUACGAGACUUAAGGAUCGUAUCCCUACAUUUCAUGGCUAUUCAGCCAGUGGAAAUGUUACAGCUCCAUACAUUUAUGUUAACUAUGGCGCACAUGCUGAUUACGAGGAUCUAAUCAAGGCCAACAUUACUUUGGAAGGGAAAAUAGCACUUGCGAGAUAUGGCAACGUAUUUCGUGGUCUCAAAGUCAAGCGUGCACAAGAAUUAGGGAUGGUUGGAGUAGUCAUAUUCACAGAUCCUGGUGAUGAUGGGAUGGUCACCACAGACAAUGGCAUUGCAGAGUAUCCCAAAGGACCAGCACGACAACCAAGCAGCGUACAACGCGGUAGCACUCAGUUUUUGGGCUAUGUUUUCGGAGAUCCAACUACACCUGGCUAUCCUUCUAAACCAGGUGUUCCACGUCAACCAGUAGCAAGCAGUAUACCUAGCAUACCAUCAGUUCCCAUAUCUUACAUUGACGCCAUACCUUUCCUGAAAUCCCUGAAUGGAUACGGACCUACUCCUCAGGACCUCAAUAAAUGGUGGCAAAAAAAUCUAGGAUUAAAAAAUAAAGGUGUCCAGUAUCACAUCGGCCCUUCCCCUCCUGGGGCUGUAAUGAACCUUGUUAACGAACAAGACUACGUCAUUACGCCAAUCUGGAAUGUGAUUGGUGUAAUAAAUGGCACUAUUCCAGAUGAAGUAAUCGUGAUUGGAAAUCAUCGAGACGCCUGGAUUGUAGGAGGAGCUGGCGAUCCUAACUCUGGCUCAGCGGCUCUGAAUGAGGUCAUCAGAUCUUUCGGUCAGGCUGUGGCUAGAGGAUGGAAACCCAUGCGCACAAUUGUAUUCGCAUCGUGGGAUGGAGAGGAAUACGGCUUACUAGGCUCCACUGAAUGGGUUGAAGAAUAUCUCCCUUGGCUAUCCGCUACCUCAGUUGCGUACAUCAACGUCGACAUUGGAACUACGGGACCUCAAUUUUUCGCUUCCGCAUCUCCCCUGUUGAACGAAAUUGUGUAUGAAAUAACCUCUCUCGUUCCCUCCCCCAACCAAACUGUUCCGGGCCAGACAGUGGCAGAUCUAUGGGACGGAAAAAUUGAAACAAUGGGGUCUGGAUCUGACUUCACCGCUUUUCAGGAUAUUGUAGGUAUCCCCAGUCUUGACAUAGGUUUUGGUGUUAUUUCAGACUCCUCAUCGUCAGCUAUUUAUCAUUACCACUCUAAUUAUGAUUCAUUCUAUUGGAUGAAUGAGUAUGGCGACCCUGGCUUUCUCUAUCAUGCCACAAUGGCAAGGCUGUGGGCUCUGUUGACUGCAAAACUCGCCGAUGCCCCUGUAAUUCCUUUCAGGGCUACUGACUAUGCCACUGCGCUGCAAAAAUAUAUUUCCAAAGCGGAAGCAAGACUUGAUAUUCUUAUAGCCGAAUCAAGUCCUGAUGACGAGAUAGAAGAGGUACGAGUACGUCCAAAGCCCGGAAAUCCACGAGGAUCUCUACCCGAUUUAAAAUCCUACUUUAUUGAACUUCAUCACACUGUCCACCGCUUGCACAAUUCUGCUCGUAGGCAUGAUGCGUGGGCUACGCUACUUGCGAACAUGGCAAAUCAAAGAUUGCCGUGGUGGAAAUGGCUUCAUAAACGUAUUCUUAAUUACCGUGUCAAGAAAGUGAACAAUAAAUAUAAGUUCUUUGACCGCGCAUUCCUCCACCAGGAAGGCCUGGAUGGACGCCCAUUGUUUAAACACGUGGUCUUUGCACCCGAUAAAUGGAGUGGUUAUAGUGGAAUUGUCUUACCCGGUUUAAUUGAAGCAAUCGAUGCAAGAGAUUGGACAAAUGCAUGUCGAUGGGGGGAAAUAAUUAAGAAGAGUAUGCAAGCUGCUCAUGAGGAACUGCAGUAG